CGCGCUCUCUCUUUCGCUCUCUGCAAGCCCUAGCCGCUGCCGUGAGUGCCGUGGGAACUUUCCGUUCACUUCGAUGCACCAUUUCGCUUUUGCGUGGCGUUUUCCUCAAGGAAAGGAGGCGAUGGGCGGGACUUCCGGAGCCUAAUGUUUUCUCUUUAGCUGAACGGGCUUACGGUGUUAAGUUGAUGGUGGUGAGCCGGUCCCAAACCUGGAGUAUUGAUGUAGCUCGGAACAUAUUGGGCAGACUGCGUUGGUGCUUAACUCCAAGCUGGUCCAUGCCAUGCCUGGUGGACGGCGGGGCCCAAGCCGGCAGCAGCUGAGCCGCUCAGCGUUGCCAUCUCUGCAGACCAUUGUGGGUGGGAGCUGUGGGAAUGGGACCGGGAUGAGGAACAGGAAUGGUGGUGCUAUUGGUCUGUCUGCACCACCCAUUACUGCUUUGAUUACCCCUGAACCUGUCCGCCACUGCCGUAUUCCUGACCUGCCAACUGAUGGAUGCCUUGUCUUUGAGCUUCUUUUCUUCAUUUACUUGUUGAUGGCCCUUUUUGUUCAGUACAUUAACAUAUACAAAACAGUCUGGUGGUUUCCAUACCUUCAUCCUGCUGCUUCUACCUCACUGAACUUCCAUCUGAUUGAUUAUCACUUGGCAGCAUUUAUUACAAUAAUGUUGGCCCGAAGACUAGUGUGGACCCUAAUUUCAGAGGCAUCUCAAACCAGUGCAACCUCAGUGGUGCGGUACACAUUGGUGAUAGUGGCUCGUUUGGUACUCCUCACGAUGUGCGGCUGGAUUUUAUGCUGGACACUUGUUAAUCUUUUUAGGAAUCAUUCUGUGCUAAAUCUCCUGUUCCUUGGAUACCCGUUUGGUGUUUAUGUGCCACUGUGUUGCUUCCAUCAAGAAAAUCGGAUUCAACCAUUACCAGCAGAUUGUGGUUUUCUAUUAAAUGGCCAGCUAGAAACGGACACGAUCAGGCCAAAAGACUUCUUCACACUCCUCCGAGAAUCAUUCAGAGAACAAUUUAAUAAUCCAACCUCCAUCCCUGCUCAUACUUGCCCACUUUCCCCAGAUCUUAUCCGAAAUGAGGUUGAAUGUUUGAAAGUAGAUUUUAAUAAAAGGAUAAAAGAAGUUCUCUUCAAUUCACUAUUUAGUGCCUACUAUGUAGCAUUUUUGCCUCUUUGUUUUGUUAAGAGUACGCAGUACUAUGACAUGCGGUGGUCCUGUGAGCAUCUCAUCAUGGUUUGGGUAAAUGCCUUUGUUAUGUUAAUGAGUCAGCUACUGCCUCCCAGGUAUUGUGAUCUACUCCAUAAAUCAGCUGCUCACCUAGGGAAAUGGCAGAAGAUGGAACAUGGUUCUUACAGUAAUACACCACAACAUAUAUGGUCUGAAACAACAAUUUGGCCACAAGGUGUGCUGGUUCGACACAAUCGAUGCCUUUAUAAAGCUGUAGGACCCUAUAAUGUAGCAGUGCCUUCAGAUGUUUCACAUGCCAGAUUUUAUUUUUUAUUCCACAAGCCGUUAAGGAUCCUGAAUCUUCUCAUCCUUAUAGAAGGCAGUGUGGUCCUGUAUCAACUAUAUUCUCUGCUUCGGUCAGAAAAAUGGAACCAUAUACUUUCCUUGGCUUUGAUACUGUUUUGUAAUUACUAUGUCUUAUUUAAACUUCUAAGGGAUCGGAUUGUGCUUGGCAAAGCAUAUGCUUAUCCUCUGGGCACCAUUGGACUGAAAUCUCAUUAGGCAGCCUAAAAAGGGGGUGGGUGGGAUUGGGGAAAAGGAUUUAAAGAAAUUAUUUUGAUACGGUUUCUAUUUUUCAUGCAGUGUUUAAAUAUUUAAAAUAUUUUAUAUUUUGUAUACUUGGAUAUUUUGAAGAGCUAUUCUUUGCAUAAGCCGGUUGUAUUUUUUGUCUACUUAGCAACUUCACAAGCUAAGUGUGCGCUUUGCUCCAUAUGACAAGUGCCAUUUAUAAUCGCAAUAAUCAAAGUGUAGUAUUGAUCAGAGGAAUAAAGGAUAAUGAUAUGAGAAA